GAGCCUUAGAGCAGGAGAUGGAGAGCAGAGCUCCAGGUCUCACUCCGCAGAUCUGUGAUCUCAACUUGCAGAACUGCCCAGUGGGGUUAGGGGAGCUCUUUGUAGGUCGCCUGUCAGUCUGUGCAGAAAAGAGACUAUUUGAGGCGCCUGGGUCGGGCCUUGCGGGGCGCCAGACUGCGCUACUUGCCGGUGUCUUGCCGCCAGAGAAAGCCUGUGCUGUGCUGUCUGGGGACGCUAGGGCUCAGCAUCCUGAACAGCUUCACUUGGGAUUCUGAGGGAGUGAGCACUAAUGCCUCCCAUUUUACCUUUGGAAGCCAGCGAGAUCCUGAUGGUGGACAGUAUUUCGGGAAGUACGGCUUUAGAAUACGGUGAAGGAUACUUUUCAUGGUGCAUGGAAGGAAAGCCAAUGCGCAGGUGUACCAACAUUCGACCAGGAGAGACUGGAAUGGAUGUAACAAGCCGCUGCACCCUUGGAGACCCCAACAAACUGCCAGAAGGGGUUCCCCAACCUGCUCGCAUGCCCUAUAUCUCAGACAAGCACCCUCGGCAAACCUUGGAAGUGAUCAACCUUCUGAGAAAGCACCGAGAGCUAUGUGAUGUGGUGCUAGUUGUGGGCGCUAAGAAGAUAUAUGCCCAUCGAGUCAUCUUGUCGGCCUGCAGUCCCUACUUCCGAGCAAUGUUUACAGGAGAAUUGGCCGAAAGCCGCCAGACAGAAGUAGUGAUCCGAGACAUAGAUGAGAGGGCUAUGGAACUACUGAUUGACUUCGCAUAUACCUCCCAGAUAACUGUGGAAGAAGGCAAUGUUCAGACCCUCUUGCCUGCUGCUUGCCUCCUCCAGCUGGCAGAAAUACAGGAAGCCUGCUGUGAAUUCUUAAAGAGACAAUUAGACCCUUCUAAUUGCCUGGGCAUUCGGGCUUUUGCUGACACGCAUUCUUGCCGUGAGUUACUAAGGAUUGCAGACAAGUUCACACAACAUAACUUUCAAGAGGUAAUGGAGAGUGAAGAAUUUAUGUUACUGCCAGCCAACCAACUCAUUGAUAUAAUAUCUAGUGACGAGCUCAAUGUUCGGAGUGAAGAACAAGUGUUCAAUGCAGUGAUGGCCUGGGUCAAAUACAGUAUUCAGGAAAGGCGUCCUCAGUUACCCCAGGUGCUGCAGCAUGUUCGCCUGCCUUUGCUUAGUCCCAAAUUCCUGGUGGGCACCGUCGGCUCUGAUCCCCUCAUUAAAAGUGAUGAAGAAUGCAGAGACUUGGUAGAUGAAGCUAAAAACUACCUCCUAUUGCCUCAAGAACGACCACUAAUGCAAGGACCAAGGACAAGGCCACGGAAACCCAUUCGAUGUGGAGAAGUGCUCUUUGCAGUUGGUGGUUGGUGCAGUGGAGACGCCAUUUCCAGUGUUGAACGGUAUGACCCACAGACCAAUGAGUGGCGAAUGGUAGCUUCCAUGAGUAAAAGGCGAUGUGGAGUUGGAGUCAGUGUUCUUGAUGACCUGUUGUAUGCAGUAGGCGGCCAUGAUGGAUCCUCCUAUCUCAAUAGUGUUGAAAGAUAUGACCCCAAAACAAACCAGUGGAGCAGUGAUGUGGCCCCUACAAGCACCUGCAGGACAAGCGUUGGUGUGGCAGUACUUGGAGGUUUUCUCUAUGCUGUGGGUGGACAGGAUGGUGUCUCUUGCCUCAAUAUUGUUGAGAGGCCUGUGGAAACUACUUGGGCCAACAGGAAUGUUUUUCCUCCCUGCAGGUAUGAUCCAAAGGAGAACAAGUGGACUCGGGUGGCUUCUAUGAGUACUAGAAGACUAGGGGUUGCUGUGGCUGUGUUGGGAGGGUUCUUAUAUGCUGUAGGUGGCUCUGAUGGAACGUCUCCACUCAACACAGUGGAGCGCUACAAUCCUCAGGAAAACAGAUGGCACACCAUAGCCCCUAUGGGGACCCGAAGGAAACACCUAGGCUGUGCAGUGUACCAGGACAUGAUCUAUGCUGUAGGAGGGAGAGACGACACUACAGAGCUUAGCAGUGCUGAGAGAUACAACCCCAGAACUAACCAGUGGUCUCCCGUGGUGGCCAUGACAUCCCGCAGGAGUGGAGUUGGUCUGGCGGUGGUCAACGGGCAGCUCAUGGCAGUGGGAGGUUUUGAUGGCACAACGUACUUGAAGACCAUUGAAGUUUUCGACCCAGAUGCCAAUACUUGGAGGUUAUAUGGAGGGAUGAAUUAUCGUCGGCUAGGAGGUGGCGUAGGAGUUAUUAAAAUGACACACUGUGAAUCCCAUAUAUGGUGAACACAGGAAAAAAGUCUUGUAUACGCUCCUUUAUAUUUGGAAGAGCCUUGGCUUUGAAGCUUUGUACAGCUCGAGAAAACAUUAGAACAAAUGUUAUUCUUUGCCGGUGCCUCAACAUACAGAACUACAAGUCUAACGACAGAACUCACCUGCAGAUGCCACCUUUGCACAACACCUUUCUGCUCUCUGCAGAGAGCAUUUAUUUUGGGCUUUAAUUUAUCAUGGAGUUUUGAUGGUGAUUUCUAUUUUUGUUUUGUUGGUUGGGUUGUUUUGGGUUUUGGGGGGUUUUUUGUUUUUUUUUAACUUAUCUUUCAUAUCAGAGGGGGCAAAAAGGAGAAAAAAAAAUUCCAAGCUGCAAAAUUUACUUUGCUUUCUAGGUUUGGUUUCUUUUUUGAAAAUACUGAUAAGGGCAGAAGGGCUAUGGUUACUCCAGUUAGAUACUAUCCAUCUACAAAGAUUGCCAGUGAUAAAGACAGAUAUGCAAAGUAUACUCGCUAGUUACUAUUCUUGCACUAAAUAUUAGAGCACUCCGAAAUGUAAAGGGGACUGGAAACGGUCCAGUGAGAGUUGUGUGCUGCUUUUGCAGAGGACCCAAGUUCAGUUCGCAGCACCCACAUCUGGCAGCUUACAACUGUAUGUAACUCCAGCUAGGUCAGUGGUUCUCAACCUCCCUAAUGCUGCAAUACUUUAAUACAAUUAGUUCCUCAUGUUGUGGUGACCCCCAAGCAUAAAAUUAUUUUCAUUUGCUACUUCAUAACUGUAAUUUUUGCUACUGUUAUAAAUUGUAGUGUAAAUAUCUGAUAUGCAGGAUAUCUGAUACGCAACCCCUGUGAAAAGGUCAUUCAACCUCCUGCCCACACACACACACAUACAGGGGUCAUGACCCACAGGUUGAGAACCGCUAAGCUAGGGGAUCCAGAACUCUGUUCUGGCCUCUGCAAGUACCUGCAUUCCUGUGCAUUCAGUACACACAAACACACAAAUACCCAACAAGUAUGAGUAAUUCAAAAUAAAUUUUUUUUAAGUGUAAAAGAAAAAAUAACAAGAAAACAUCUCGCUAAAUAGGACACUUCAGAAGGAAUAUUGAAUCCGUAAAAGCAGGACAAGCUACAGUUUUAAUUCACCAGAUAACGUUUACAUCUCUAACUGAACUUGCUUUCUACUCCAUUUCCCUUUCCUUCCUGUAAUAUUUUCACAGUUCCUGCCACAUAUACCUAGGUCUCUGCUCAGUGCCUCUUCUAAAAACAGUGUGAGUCUCCUCCGUUUUCUUGAGAACUCCGGUAAAAUCAAGUGCAACUCUGUAAGAGUUUUUGUUCACAGAUGUUACCCCCUGCAACUUUCUUUCCUAUCUCCUCAUUGUCACUAGGGGCCACCAAGGAGAAGUGACCUCUCUUCAGCAAUGGAUUCUAUUUUUCAGUUUACGCUGGCUGUUGCGGCUGGUGCAUCUGAGCUGACCUUCAGUAACACGCUCUAAAUGGAAGCUGUUUCCAGUUCAUGUGAGCAGUACAAGUGAAGGGAUGUCAGACCAGCCGAAGCAGCCAAUCCAAUCUGGGGUCUUCAUGCUAAUAUCUCACAGUCUUUCAUCCUAUAAGGCCACCGUUACUGUGUCUCUUAAGUUGCACUUUCUGAUGAAAGGUUAACAUUUUUAAGGAAAUAAAUGAAAAUUUUAGUGCCUACAGUCUUCCCCCAUUGUAGUCAUAGACUGAUUUUUUUUUUCAGUGUAUUUUGCAGGAAAACCUUUGAAUGAGACUUAGCCACAACCAAAAGGAAUAAUCUUGACCUUCUUCCUCUCCCCUCCAACAAAAUGUUUGGCAACUUUUGUGUUUACAUUUAAACAUCAUUUGCACCUUUUUCAAGGAAAAAAUAAGUAUUUGGUAAACAAUUGUUUACAUGUAUCAUUUAUGCUUUUUUCUAGCAUGUAUAACUUUUUAAAAUAAAGGUAUUUACCAUAAA